UUAGUCGAUAAACUCGAUCUCAAUUUGUAACAAAUAUAACAACAAACAACAACAACAACGAAAAUGCUAGCAACAACAACAACAACAACAACAUCCACUGAUAUGGAACGUCAACGUAGAGAUUCCACAACCUCAGAAUCCUCAUUGGAACAUCUUGAUCUUGGCCGCACACCAAAGAAAUUAAGCAGCGCCAGCGGAACGCUGCAGCCAACCUCAACGCCACACACUGCAACAGCAGCAGCAGCAGCAACAACAAUAGCAACAUCCCGUAAACGUAAAUUGCGGCAACAGCAACAACAUCAGCAGCAGCAGCAACAUGAUUUACUCUCACUCUCCGAGGAUGAAGAAGAUGCCGAGGAGGAGUCUGCACCAACAAUUGCCAAUGGUGCAGCAGCUGCGCAGCAGCAACAGCAACGCCCACGCCAUAAACAGCGACGCAACGGCUCUGUUGCCGCCGCUGCUAGCGCCAGCAUUGUAAUCGAUGGCCCAGCCGAUGCCAAUUCACUGCGCAAGAAAUUUCGCUUGAACCACAGCAAUAGCAGCAGUCUAAUCAAUGGCGAACUAUCCGAAUCGGGUUUCGUCGAUGGCAGCGCACACAGUGGCUAUCUAAUUGGCAAUAGUCAUGCCUCUGCCGUUAUUAGUGCUGCUGCUGCCGCCGUCAGUAAUAGCAGCAACAGUAGCAGCAGCAACAGCAGCAACCAAAGCCACAACAGCAGCAGCUCGGGCUCCUCUUCGCCUCAAGGCCUUUGCAUGUCAUCGUCCAGUGCUGGCGGCGAUGAGCACAUGAAAUAUGUAUGCCCCAUCUGUGAGGUUGUCUCGGCCACGCCCCAUGAGUUUACCAAUCACAUCCGAUGUCAUAAUUAUGCCAAUGGCGAUACCGAAAAUUUCACCUGUCGCAUUUGCUCCAAGGUACUAUCCUCAGCCUCAUCUUUGGAUAGGCAUGUUCUGGUACAUACAGGUGAACGACCCUUUAAUUGUCGCUACUGCCACCUGACAUUUACCACAAAUGGUAAUAUGCAUCGUCAUAUGCGUACACACAAGCAACAUCAAACGGCAGCAGCAGCAGCAGCAGGUGGUGCCGGCAGCAAUACAUCAUCCCUGACGGCACAGCAAAGACGCCAACAACAACAGCAACAGCAGCAGCAACAACAACAGCAGCAGCAGCAGCAGCAACAACAACAGCAACACCAAACAAAACAUCAACAGCAAAAGCAACAAAAUUCAUUGAUUGCUGAUGUCAAUUCUGGUAGCUAUGAAAGUGAUGCUAGUUGCUCCACAGAUAUGUCAAGUAAUCAAAGCCAAAGCAGCAAUCAUAGCCACAGUAGCAACAACAACAACAAUAAUAAUAAUAACAAUAACAACAACAACAACAAUAAUAAUAAUAAUAUUAAAAUUACAAACAAUAAUCAAGAGGAGCGCAUCAAGGAAGAGCAAAUGGAUGCGGAGGAUGAGCAAGUAGAUGGAGAAGCAGCUGUCGUAAUGGACGAAUUGCCGAUAUUAAAACAAAAACGUCGCCUAAAGACGACAAUUAAUAAUAAUAAUAUAAUAAACGACGAUCACGAUGAUGAUGACGAUGCGGCGGCAGGACGUGAUGAACUGGAUGCCGAUGGAGAUGUGGAUGAUGAUGAGGAUGAAGAUGAUAUUGAUGGCGAUCGGCAAACAGAAGUGGAAGUAUCCAUCACUAGUACACCAGAUGUUGCCGCUCUAUUGGCUGGCGCCUCGAGAUCAGCAUCACCCGCAACUCCACUGAUAAGUUGUCCCGUCUGUUUAUCCGAAUUCGAAUCCCUGCCCAGUUUAUGCCAACAUUUGGAUCAACAACAUUCCGAUAUAUUGGCCAAAUGUCGUGAGUGUGAAGUCAUCUUUUCGAGUCACAAGCAACUGCAGAAACAUUGCUGUCGCGGUGGCUCAUCGUCCAGUGGUUUGCCGCCCCUCCUAAGAGCGAGUAGCUCACCAUUGCAUGGCGAACAAGAGGAUGACGACGACGUCGACCGCGAUGAUGAUGAUGAUCGAGAGAUGCGACGUGAUGGCAUGGACACUGACCAUCGCGAUGAAGUCAAGGUGGAAAAAGAAGCCGAAGCCGAGGCCAAGCAGCGUGACGAUUUCUUUCAUCAUUUGUAUUUGAAGAGCAAAACCGAACAUGCCCAUAUGUCCGAGGAUAACAAUGAGUUGGUCACAUCGCCACCAUCGCCCAUUAAGCAUGAACCGAAUGAUAGCAAAGAUUUGGCCGAUAUACAAAGCAUCCUGAACAUGACCAGUUCGAGUUGUACAUCCAGUUUUCUGCGCAACUUUGAGCAAUCGGUCAAUACGCCAUGCUCGUCGAGUCAAUACAGUCUGGAUGGCCGGGAUCAGGAGGAGGAGGCCCAAGAUGUCUUCACCUCGGAAUUCCGUCGCAUGAAAUUGCGUGGCGAAUUCCCCUGCAAAUUGUGUACGGCAGUUUUUCCCAAUUUGCGUGCUCUCAAGGGGCACAAUCGGGUGCAUUUGGGUGCAGUUGGACCCGCUGGUCCCUUCCGUUGCAACAUGUGUCCCUAUGCCGUGUGCGACAAGGCCGCCCUGGUGCGGCACAUGCGCACCCAUAAUGGGGAUCGUCCGUAUGAGUGUGCCGUCUGCAAUUACGCCUUCACCACCAAGGCGAAUUGUGAGCGCCAUUUGAGGAAUCGUCAUGGCAAAACCAGUCGUGAGGAUGUCAAACGUGCCAUUGUCUACCAUCCGGCCGAGGAUGCCAGUUGCGGUGAGGGUGAGGGUAAAUCCCGUUUAAAUGACACCGAUGAGAGUUAUCGUUCGGCAUCGCCGCCACCGCUAGAGGUGACUGCUGCCUCCCAACUGAAGCAUAUGCUGAUGAACGAUGGCCCAGGAGUGACGCAAAGUGUGCAACCGCCACCACUUAAGAUCCAGGUUAAGAGCCUGGAUCAGUUAGUGGAGAAGCAAACACCCGCCAUUAAGGCGACACCAUCGCCAGCAGCAAGUGCUAUUGAUCUCUCAAUGGAUGUGCUAGAUCUCAGCAAGAAGCCAUCUUCAAAUGCCACAGCAACAACAGCAACCGCAGCAGUAGCAGCAACAACUACUACAUUGCCAAUAACUUCGCCAAUAAACAAUGAUCUAGCCGAUCAGCAACGUCAACAGCAACAGCAGCAACAACAACAAUUGCAACUGCUAGCCCAACAGCAAUUGUUUGGCCAAAAUGAUGCUGCCUCACAAUAUAUGCAGCAACUUUUCCGCAAUCUAAUGUUUCAACAAUCCUCUGGAUUUCCCUUCUUUAACUUCAUGACACCACCAGCUCCGCCGCCACAAUCAACAUCGUCUGCUGGCUCGGCCGUUGGAGAGAAAUUGCCACCGUCAAGUGCCAUGCAGCAGCAGCAACAACAAAUGAGCCCCUCGAGCAAUCGUCUGUCCCUGCUGCCCGGUGGUCCAGUCAAAAUGGUCAUCAAGAAUGGUGUCCUAAUGCCCAAACAGAAGCAACGUCGCUAUCGCACCGAACGUCCCUUUGCCUGUGAGCAUUGCUCGGCAAGAUUUACAUUGCGUUCGAAUAUGGAGCGACAUGUGAAGCAGCAACAUCCGCAGUUCUAUGCCCAGCGCCAGCGAAGUGGCCAUCAUGUGAUGCGUGGGCGUGGGGCAGCAGCGGCCGCCCAAGCUGCAGCCGCCGCGGCAGCAGCAGCAGCAGCCCAGGCCCAUCACCAGCAGCAGUCGCCCCAUCAUCAUCACCAUCAUCAGCAGCAGCAGCAGCAGCAGCCACACCAUCAUCAUCAACAUCAUCAGGGGCAUGGACAAGGUUUGGUCACACCCAUUUCGGAGCAGGUGAAAUAUGCCAUAUUGGCCCAACAAUUGAAGGCACACAAGAACACGGAUUUGUUGCAACAGGCAUUGGCCCAUGGAUCGAGCAGUGUGGCAGCAGCAGCGGCAGCUUCAUCUCACUUGAUGAACUUCAAUUAUGCCUUGGCCAAUGGAAACGCCAAUGUCAAUGGCAACAGUAAUGGAAAUGCUCAUGGAAAUGGUCAUAGUUUGGCCAUUGACGAUGAUGAACCAAAGCUAAUCAUUGACGAGGACGAGACAGAGGCUGAAAAUGAAGCUGAACCCGAACCCGAUGAUGAUUUCGAUGAGGAUGAAGACGAUGAGGACGAGGAUGUGGGUGCCGAUGAUGACGAGGACGAUGAACAUGAUGUCGCACAAGCAGCUCACGAUGUGGAUAUGGACAAAAAGCUGGUGGUAAUUGUGGAUGAUGAGCAGCAAUCGCAUGGCAAAGAUUUGCCACAAACCAUUGAGAACAUGGCCAGUAACGAGGCAGCCAAAAAGGUGGCCGAAACCAUUUUAGAGCAGGCCAUCAAAGCUGGCAAACCCAUAAGCCAUGAAGUGGAACCAACUUCCACUACAGUUGCCAGUAGCCAUCAGGCGCCAUCCACAAUGAAGUCGAUGAUUGCUCAGGUUGAGUCCGUGGCCAAGUCACUGAAAGAUGUGGCCAGUUCACCAUUCAAUAAAGAUGAAUCUCCACUCUCCGAUUUGGUGCCGGUGUCCAAGCUAGUGGACAAUGCCACAAGCAAUCAAUCGAUGCAAAGUUUCACCAGUUAUUUUCGUCCCAGCGAUGUGGCCAAUCACAUGGAGCAGAGCGACGAGGAGGGUCUCGUUGCCUCGGGCAGCGCCAGCGAGAGUAAUAACUCCGGCACCGAAGAUGUCACCAGCAGCAGUAGCAGUGGCCAAGAGCCCAAAAAGAAAUCCGCCUACAGUCUGGCCCCCAAUCGUGUCUCGUGUCCCUAUUGCCAGCGUAUGUUCCCCUGGAGCAGUUCCCUGAGACGGCACAUUUUGACCCACACCGGGCAGAAGCCAUUCAAAUGCUCUCACUGCCCAUUGCUCUUUACCACCAAGAGCAAUUGUGAUCGUCAUUUGUUGAGGAAGCAUGGCAAUGUCGAAUCGGCCAUGUCCGUGUAUGUGCCCACCGAGGAUGUGAAUGAACCGAUACCAGUGCCCAAAUCAGUGGAAGAAAUCGAAUUGGAGGAACAACGUAAGCGCCAAGAGGCCGAGCGCGAGAAGAUCGAAUUGGAACGAGAACGGGAGCGAGAGCGUGAACUUGAGCGUGAGCGAGAACGUGAAAGGCAAUUGGAACGAGAGAGGGAAAAGGAGAGAGAACGUGAGCGAGAACGAGAAUUGGAGUUGGAGCGAGAGCAGCAGUUAAUGCAUCAAUUGGCUGCCGCAGCUCAAUUAACUCAGCAAAUGGCCGUGGCUGCCUCAUCGUCGGCAGCAGCAGCAGCCGCUGCAGCCGUCGCUGCCGCAACUUCAGCGAGUAACGAGUUGGCCAAUGGCGAUUUGCCCUUCAAGUGCCAUCUGUGUGAAUGUUCGUUUAGCGAGCGUUUACAGUGCUUGGAUCACAUUAAGCAAGCGCAUGCCCAUGAAUUUGCCUUGCUCUUGGCCAAGGGGGCUAUCGAAACGGAUGAACCCACCCAGGGAGCAAACGCAGCAGCGACGGCGGCGGCGGCGACAGUGCAGCCAACUGCUCCCCAAUCCGAUGAUGAAGGAUCUUUGGGCAUGGCCGGCAAUGGUCGUGGUGGUUCUGGUAAAUAUCCCGAUUAUAGCAAUCGCAAAGUGAUUUGCGCUUUUUGUGUUCGUCGAUUCUGGUCCACUGAGGAUUUGCGUCGUCAUAUGCGUACCCAUUCGGGUGAGAGGCCAUUUCAGUGUGAGAUUUGCCUGCGUAAAUUCACAUUGAAGCAUAGCAUGUUGCGGCACAUGAAGAAGCAUAGUGGACGUUCCCAUAAUGCUGGAGAGAUGCAAGGUGGCUCCGAUUGUUCGGAUGAUGAGCAAAUUAUGACAACAGUAACAACAACCACACCGCCAUCUACACCUCUGCCCAAUAAUAACAAUAAUAAUUGUCACAACAACAAUAACAACAACAAUAAUACAAACAACAACAACAAUAAUAACACAAACAAUAAUAAUAAUAAAUUGGGACUACGUCUACCGAAAUUGCAUGAGCUACUGGACAAGGCGAACGAGUGGCGAGCCAGUCGUUUGGGCGAGCACAAAGAGAAUUUGGGCGAGCAACAACACCGUGCAACAACACCGGGAGCAACUCCAUCUGCUGUGGCUGGUUCAACCGAUCUCAUUGGCAAUCUAUUGGGCAUCAGCGAUCAGGGUAUAUUGAACAAAUUGCUCUCGUCCGCCGAUGAGGCAGCCAAAUUUCUGGGAGUGGACAAGUAAAUUGACGAAGAAUAUGAUUAACGAAUCAAUGUUCUAUAUAUAUAUAUAUAU